AUGUCUUCGUCGUUCCUCCCGGCGACCACGGAGUCGAUAGCUCAGGCCCUGGAGGCCAAGGACCCCUCGGAGUCCAUCUCCAUCCUCCACCGCAUACUCGAGAACCCGUCUUCCUCCCCGGAGGCGCUGCGCAUAAAGGAGCAGGCCAUCUCCAACCUCUCGGAGCUCCUCACCCAGGAGAAGAAGGCAGAAGAUCUACGGAGCCUCCUGACCCAGCUGCGCCCCUUCUUCGCCCUGAUCCCCAAAGCGAAGACCGCGAAGAUCGUCCGUGGGAUCAUCGACGCCGUGGCCAAGAUCCCCGGUACCUCCGAUCUCCAAAUCUCCCUCUGCAAGGAGAUGGUGGAAUGGACGCGCGCCGAGCGUCGGACCUUCCUCCGCCAGCGCGUCGAGGCCCGGCUGGCGGCGCUGCUGAUGGAGAGCGGCGAGUACACGGAGGCCCUCUCGCUGCUCUCCGGGCUGAUCAAGGAAGUCCGCCGGCUCGACGACAAGCUUCUGCUGGUGGACAUUGACCUCCUGGAGAGCAAGCUGCACUUCUCCCUGCGGAAUCUACCCAAGGCGAAGGCGGCGCUUACGGCGGCCCGCACGGCGGCCAACGCCAUCUACGUGCCGCCAGCGCAGCAGGGCACCAUCGACCUGCAGAGUGGCAUCCUCCACGCCGAGGAGAAGGACUACAAGACGGCAUACAGCUACUUCUUCGAGGCCUUCGAGGCCUUCAACGCCCUGGGGGAGCCCCGCGCGGUCUUCGGUCUCAAGUACAUGCUGCUCUGCAAGAUCAUGGUGAACCAGUCGGAGGACGUGGCAGGGCUCAUCGCCUCCAAGGCCGGGCUUCUCUACCUGGGCCCGGAGCUGGACGCCAUGAAGGCCGUCGCCGACGCCCAUUCCCGGCGGUCGCUCAAGGCCUUCGAGGCGGCGCUGGCGGAGUUCCGGCCGCAGCUGGAGGAGGAUCCCAUCGUGCACCGGCACCUGUCCGCGCUCUACGACACGCUGCUGGAGCAGAACCUGUGCAGGCUGAUCGAGCCCUUCUCGCGGGUGGAGAUCGCCCACAUCGCCGAGUUGAUCGAACUCCCCGUGGCCCAUGUGGAGACGAAGCUCUCGCAGCUCAUCCUGGACAAGAAGUUCGCCGGCACCUUGGACCAGGGCGCCGGCUGCCUGGUGGUGUUCGACGAGCCCGAGCCGGACGCCAUCUUCCAGUCGACGCUCGACGCCAUCGCCAACAUCGGCAAGGUCGUCGACAGCUUGUACGUCCGCUCCGCCCAGGUAAUGGCUUGA